AUCUGUGGUGAUAGCUGGUUCAGUAAUCAAACUCACCAGAAUUUCUCAGGAAUACGGACCUAAGUAAUAGACAACACUGUGCUAUCGGAGAGGUUAUGCUACGGGUCAUCCUGCUUCUUGUUCUACCAUGUAUCAAUGGACAGGGAUUUCAAUCUUCUGUCACCCCCAACUGGGGUCAGAUGGGAGGUUCAGCCGCCAGGCAGGAAAGGCUUCUCGAGAGUCUAAUCGGUAGAGGAUGGACACCUCCACCUGACGUCCAGCGAGAACUAGCAACCGCCGCACAAGUACGCCGGGGCCUCACGGGUGGAGAUGGAUUUGGUAAUAGAUUCGAUUUCGGUUUCACACCGGAACAAUUGAUUGCACCCGGACUAACGGUAGACCAAUUACUUCCCGUGAAUCGCGGUGGUCGCUUUGGUAGCAUUCGCGAUUCUGGUGCAGCCAACUCUUUAGCGAGUCUUCCUGGCAACAUGGAGAUUCCCGGGAGUCUUACAAGGGGGCUUGUUAACAGGGGUCUCAUGAAUCCUACUCUCGUCAACCCCAACCUCGGAAGAUUGGGGGAUCCGACUCUGCAAGGGACAGGGUUUAUUGACCCUACUCUCCAGGGCAGGGGAUUUCAGGAUCCCACACUCACAGGGCGUGGCUUUCUUGACCCUACCCUCCAAGGAAGAGGUCUGAAUGGUCCGUCACUUGCUGAAGCGGCUCUCUCAGGGCGCCCUCGAGUGCCUGGUAUGGUACGAAUUUUACCAGAUGAUGGUCUAAUUGGGUCUGUUGGCCCCGGACUGGGACCUGUUGGCCUCGGCCUAGGACCUGUUGGGACUGGACUAGGACCUGUUGGCCUCGGAUUAGGACCUGUUGGCCUCGGACUAGGACCUGAUGGGCCUGGACUAGAACCUGUUGGCCCCGGAAUUGACCCAUUUGAUUCCAUCGGGCCAGGUGUAAUAGGAAUAGCUGGACACGAUCACCACCAUGGCCUUGAUGAUCAUCACGGCAUCGAAGCUGUAAAGGGUGAGCUAGUGAAAAACAAAAUUGUCACAAAGAAACUUAAAAAAGCACUCAAGGCCAGGCAAAGAGAGAAGAUUAUAAAGAAUAAAAUUCUAAACAGCAAAGGAGGAAUUGGUGACACUAAUGGGAAGAUAAUCUCGCAUGGGGAUCAUUUCCAUCUUGACGACAAAGUGUUGAAAGUUGUAGGUACGAGUCGGACACACCAUCCACCGCCACCCCUUCAGCAACGACGACGGAAUAACCCAAUCAAGACUCUCGUUCAAGGACUACUUCUAGGAGGUAUAGGGGCUCUUCUUGGAGGGAAAUAAAUACUCGCUGUUAUAAAUAUUAAAUGUAGUUUAAAGUUACCGUUUGUUUAAAACAUAAAACUGUUUCUCAUUAUUUUCGCAUCGCUCGUGAUUUCCUAAAUGCUUACCUCACUAAUGGGUUUUUCUUUUGCUAAAGAUGAUUUCCCACAAAGCAAAUAUUUGUGUCAUUUGAGGAUAAACCGUAUACUUAGCGUUUGGAAAUCCGAAUUCGUAAACAUAAUGAUGCAACAAGUUUGGAAUGCAAAAACAUUCGUGUGAGAUGAAUGUCACAAAUGUGUUUGUCUCGUUUCGACUAGGUUGCAAGUAAAGCCAUAAGAAUAAAAUGAUAUGCAGUAUUUAAUUGUGUGGAUGCUUACAUUGAAGUAAUUUAAAGAUAACGUUAUCCAUUGUUUGGAUAUAUUAUAAGCUCCAAACAAAUAUGAUUUAAUUUGACCAUCUGGUAUGUUACGGUUUGGUUGCUUCUAUGAUUGUAUUUUAACAAACAGACAAAUGCAUUUUUGAGCAUUGGUUUGGUUUAAUUAUGUUGUACGUCCUAUUAACAGCUAAUGUCAUUUAAAACGUGCCUCCAUGUGUGUAGU